GUUCUGUUCUGUUGGGUUGGUUGGAUGGUUUUGGCACUGGGACCCAGUACCUUGAACAUGCUCAGAGAUUCUCAAUUCCUGAGUUACCUCCUAGUCACGGUCAGCCGGUUAGCCUACUUUAGUAGUCUCAUUGUCUUCUCCUUCAGAAGGACAUCAAGUGUAAAGGGGAAUAUUUCUUUGCUUCUUAAGGUGAUGCUUCCUUUUUAUUUUAUGGUUUUUCCAUGCUAGGAAGCAGUUCUAGGGCUUCGUGCAUGCUAGGUAAGUACCAUACCACUGAGCUAUAGCACUGCCUUAAAUCAGAGCCUCUUGAACUUUUCCCAUCUGUGACUCCUUUACACUUAAUAUAUUUUCAUGUGAUUAGGCAGCAUGUACCAAAAUGAAUAAAAACUUAGAUCUCAGAACAAUGAUUUGGUAUGCAUAUGUUCUCAUUUAUUGCAAUUUUCAUAGUAAUGAGAUUGUAGUGCUUGUCCAACCCAGCAUGAUGCAUAUAAUAUAUAUAUGUGUGUGUGUAUAUAUAUAUAUAAUAUAUAUUUUAAUGGUUUUUGUCUUUUAUCAUUAAACCAUUCUGUUUCGAAAACAGCAGAAACUGUGUGCAGGAAAACAUUGCAGUUCCCAGCUUAUGAGAAUCUUGAAUCUGAGCCACAGUGUUCCAGACAGUGUUACGUAACAUUACAGAAAUGAUAGGAUGCACAGUGGAAAUUCGUAUGUGUGUUCAAAAUCAUGGCUGCAGAGAAUUCAUAUGAUGAAAUCCAGGCCAUCAAUGCCAGAAUCAUCCCAGGGUCCUUACAUGUUUGGUUUCAAAGUCAAAGCAUCUCACUGAACUGGAACUCACAAAAAAAAAUUACCGAGUUGCUAUCUUCAGGUUCAGUGAAUGCAAACACUCCACUGGUCCUUGUGAAUGCCAUCUACUUCAAAGGGAACUGGAAGAAGCAGUUUAACAAAGAGGACACUCAAGAAAUGCCUUUCAAAGUCACCAAGAAUGAGGAGAAACCUGUGAAAAUGAUGUUUAAGAAAUCUACCUUUAAGAUGACCUAUGUGGAAGAGAUAUCCACUACUAUUCUGUUGCUUCCCUAUGUUGGCAAUGAACUGAACAUGAUCAUCAUGCUUCCAGAUGAACACAUUGAACUGAGAAUGGUGGAAAAGGAAAUAACUUACAAGAAAUUCAUAGAGUGGACGAGCCUGGACAAGAUGGAAGAAAGAGAGGUGGAGGUUUUCCUCCCAAAGUUUAAACUGGAGGAGAACCAUGACAUGAAGGAUGUCCUCCACAGGCUGGGCAUGACUGAUGCCUUUGAGCAGGGCAUGGCAGACUUUUCAGGAAUAGCAUCUAAAGAAGGCUUGUUUCUGUCCAAGGUCAUUCACAAGUCCUUUGUGGAGGUCAAUGAAGAGGGCACAGAGGCUGCAGCUGCCACUGCAGCCAAUGUAACUUUUAGGUGUAUGGUCCCUUACUUUUGUGCCAACCACCCUUUUCUUUUCUUCAUCCAGCACAGCAGGACCAAUGGGAUUGUAUUCUGUGGCCGGUUCUCCUCCCCAUGAGAAAGGGUGCUGUGGUGUCAGCCCACUGCCUUUGCCUACUUUCUUUCUCAUGAUUUGUCUGUGGAUCAGUAAAUGUUGUGACAAUUC